AUGAAGCUCUCCAUCUUCGUUCCUCUGGCCGCUUUCUUGUCCUUCGUUGCCGCCGAAGCAAGCGGCUCUACCGUGGACCCUGACAACAUCAGCAACUGCCUGUUGCAAUGUCUAUCCGAAUCUGCUGCUGUCGCAGGCUGUGUGUCGGCCUACGAUAACAAGUGCACCUGUCCGAGCGUGGCAUUCAAGGACACGCUAACGGUCUGUCUGAAGGACGCCUGUACUCCGGAGGAUGCACAAGUUGCCGGACAAUUACAUGAGGAACGAUGUGGAACACCCGCGCCUCAAUAG